AUGUCACAAUUAAAGCAUUUGAAAGAACAAUUUGUUUCUGAUUUAUUAGGUGGCUCCAUAAUUGAAAUUUAUAAUGUUACUUCAAUUGCAUUAACAUCAUACCUUGCGUUAAAUUUAUUAAAUAACUCCAUUGAGUUGUCUUUGAUUUAUGAUUUCAUAAUAAAUGUUGUUACUAUACUAUUGUCAAUUACAUUAUACAAUCAAAAACCAGAACUAUUGCAUUAUAUUAUAUUUAUUCCAUCUUUUAUAAUUUACAUAUUGAAUUUUUAUUUAUCAAGAAAAGGUAAAAAACACAUCACUAAAAAUGCUACUAUAACUGCUGAAUUUCUACCAAAGAAACAAUUCUUAACUGCUUAUAGAUCUCAUAUGUUAAUAAUUACAAAUUUGGCUAUUCUUGCCGUUGAUUUUCCAAUUUUCCCACGAAGAUUCGCUAAAGUUGAAACUUGGGGUACUUCUAUGAUGGAUUUAGGAGUUGGUUCAUUUGUGUUUUCAAUGGGGCUAGUUAAUUCAAGACAACUUAUUAAGAAUUAUACAAGCUAUAAAUUUAAAUUAUCAAAUUAUGUGAAUGUGAUCAAAACAAAUACAAUUAAAUCAAUACCUUUAUUAGUUUUAGGUUUAAUUAGAUUAGUUAGUGUUAAGCAAUUGGAUUAUCAAGAACAUGUAACUGAGUAUGGAAUACAUUGGAAUUUUUUCAUUACUUUAGGUUGUUUGCCAAUUAUAUUGGGAGUAUUAGACCCAAUAUUAAAUGUUUUAUCUAAAUCUAUAAUUGCAUUAACUAUUUUAGUCAUUUAUGAAGUUGUUUUGAGCAAGUACAAAGUCUUAGAAUUUAUUUUAACUGAAAAUAAUAGAUUAAAUAACUUCAUAACUAUGAAUAAAGAAGGUGUAUUUUCAUUUAUUGGUUAUUUUACAAUUUUCAUAUUUGGUCAAUCAUUUGGAUCAUUUGUAUUAACUAAUUACAAAACUAGAAACAACCUAGUCACAAUUGGUAAAACAAAAGCAACUACCAAAAAUUCAAGUUGGUUAACUGUUUCAACUACACAAGGUUUAAUUUAUUCAACUAUAAUAUAUCAUGCUUUAUUCUACAUUGUUCAAAAUUCAACAAUAUUUGGUAAUAUAUCAAGAAGAAUAUGUAAUUUACCCUACGUUUUGUGGGUCGUUUCAUAUAAUUCAACAUUGUUAUUAGGUUAUAAUUUAAUUGAAAAAUUUAUACCAUCAAAACAGUUUUCAUACAUAUUAGACAGUAUAAAUAAUAAUGGUUUAAUUAUAUUUUUAAUUGCCAAUUUAUUAACUGGAUUGGUUAAUAUGACUAUAAACACAUUAAAAACAGAAGAUAAAAUUUCCUUGAUGAUAUUAACUGGAUAUGCUUUAACAUGGACUUCAGUUGCCAUACUAUUAAACAAAUACAAAAUGUACAUAAAAUUAUAG